UUUAUCUUUUAUUUAAUAUAAUAAAAUAUCUUUUUUUCCUCAUUUCCUUCUACUUUAAACUCCAUAAAUACUUUUGCUAGCUAGAGUAAAUAUAAUUUAUCAAAUUGUCAUGCAAAAAAUAAAAAAAGACAUUAACUUAGAAGAAACAUAGUAGAAACAAUAUUUCUCCUAUGAUGUGCUGUCUUAGUUUCUUUUACUACUUUUUAUAAGAUUGUCUUUUUGCUCUUUUCAUUUUCUUUAAAUUCAGUGUGUGUUUUUGGGAUUUUGAAAGAAAAAAUAUUUUAAAGCAAUGGAGAAAUAUUGUGGUUUGAGUCACUUAUUCAUGACAGUAUUUUUGAGUUGCUUCUCCACAUUCAUGGUGAUUCCACCUAUGACUGAUAUUACAUUAUCAGCCAUUUGUCCAGGCCAAGAUGAAUGCUCACUAGCUAUUUACCUCACCGGAGUUCAACAAGCGAUAGUAGGUUUGGGAUCAUUGGUGAUGAUGCCAGUAUUGGGGAACUUAUCAGACACAUAUGGGAGAAAAGUAAUGCUUACUCUUCCUAUGACUCUUUCCAUCUUCCCUUUAGCCAUACUGGCAUAUAGCAGGACAAAAUACUAUUUCUAUGCUUACUACGUGCUAAGAACACUCAUUGCUAUGAUUUGUGAAGGAAGUGUUCAAUGUAUUGCUUUCGCCUAUGUGGCUGAUAAUGUUCCAGAAAGUCGUCGUGCCUCUGUUUUUGGAGUCCUCUCUGGAAUUGCUUCCUCUGCUUUUGUCUGUGGAAACCUCUCUGCUCGCUUCUUAUCCACUGCUUCCACUUUCCAAGUUGCUGCAGCAAUGGCAGUGAUAGCUUUAGUAUACAUGAAAAUCUUCCUCCCUGAAUCGAUAACGAAUGGUAACAUUUGCUCGAAAAAAUCAGAGACUAGUUGUUUAUUGGAAAAAGCUCCAAAGAAAGGAUUCCAAUUUUUCAAGACAUUGCCUUCAUUCAGUGAUAUGCUCUGUUUGUUAAAGACCAGCUCGACAUUUUUACAUGCAGCUAUUGUUUCAUUCUUUGCCAAUGUUGCACAAGUUGGCCUUGAAGCUUCUUUACUUUUUUUCUUGAAGGCACAAUUUCACUUUAACAAAAUUCAAUUUGCUGAUUUGUUGAUAAUUUCUGGGAUAGCAGGAUCCAUAUCACAGCUACUUCUCAUGCCCAUAUUAGCUCCUGCUUUUGGAGAAGAGAAGUUGCUUUCUAUUGGCCUCUUCUUCAGUUGUCUUCAUAUGUUGCUUCACAGCAUUGCUUGGUCCUCUUGGGUCCCUUAUGCAAGUGCUAUGAUCUCAAUUUUGUCUAUUUUUGCAAUGCCAUGUUUAAAGAGCAUUGCGUCAAAACAAAUUGGGCCAAAUGAGCAGGGAAAAGUCCAGGGAUGCAUCACAGGCAUAUGUUCAUUUGCAAGUGUAGUUUCACCACUAAUUUUUAGUCCUUUAACAGCUUUAUUUCUAUCGCAAAACGCCCCGUUCCAUUACCCGGGAUUCGGUUUAGCUUGUGCUGCAUUUGCAUCAAUGCUAGCCUUCAUUCAGAGUCUUAUGAUAAAGCCUGAUAAUAAUGUAACCAAUUGGAGUGUAAAUGAUUCAAACUUAGCAUAGCCAUAGCCAAGAAAUUGGAGUAAAUUAUAUUGAUUGUAUAUAGUCUCAUGCAAUUAGUACUUUAUUACAAAUUUAUUCCAAUUUGAAGCCAAAAUUUUAGUUACUUGAGGCUCUUCCUAAUAGGAUAUUAAGAAUGUCUAGAAAUGUAUGAUUAUCCAAGUAGAUCCACUAUUACAUUAUUUUUUCAUGAAAUAUUGUAAUUUAUUAGAACAUCAUCAUGAAUGUGAUAGAAUAUCUUUGAAUGGAA